AUGAGGGGUGUCAUAGCUAUGCUGGUGCUGAUGUUAUAUCUGUCUGGGGCCUGGGCUGAGGGAGAGAGUAAAGGAAGGAUUGAUCAGAUUGACCAGAACAUUCUAUUCACUACCAUAGAUGCUGUCUGGGAUGAGCUGAGACUCAUGCUGAACAACACAAAGACACAAGUAGAGAAGUUGGAGAAGAAGAAUGCAGGUACUGUAAUAAUGCACAUAUAGACAGAGAAAAAACAAAGGUAGCCUACUGUAAUAACACAGGUAAUGAAACCGAUCACAUUGUGAAAAUAAGUAGUGCUUGUUUAAAUCUCAUUCUGUAUUGAUUGAUAAGUUUGGCCAUUUAUGUUCAUGCUAUUUCAGUCCUGGGGGACAGGGUGGUCAAGCUGAAGACAAAGAACACAUAUAAUCAUCAUUAGAUGUCAUUUCUUAAAUGGAUUUAGAUAAUAAGUCACUCAAUAGAAAAGUCAGCUGCUGAUAUUGAUGAUACAUACAUAGGCUACAGUAUAUCGUUAUCAUUAAAGCUCAAGCAGCAGAACUGACAGACCUACAGUGAGGGAAAAAAGUAUUUGAUCCCCUGCUGAUUUUGUACAUUUUUACAUUACACAUUACAUUUUACUCAUUUAGCAGACGCUCUUAUCCAGAGCGACUUACAUGAGCAAUUAGGGUUAAGUACCUUGCUCAAGGGUACAUCGACAGAUUUUUCACCUAGUCGGCCAGGGGAUUAGAACCAGCGACCUUUCGGUUACUGGCACAACGCUCUUAACCACUAAGCUACCUGCCGCCCUGUACGUUUGUACGUUGUACGUUUGCCCACCGACAAAGAAAUGAUCAGUCUAUAAUUUUAAGGGUAGGUUUAUUUGAACAGUGAGAGACAGAAUAACAACAAAAAAAUCCAGAAAAACGCAUGUCAAAAAUGUUAUAAAUUGAUUUGCAUUUUAAUGAGGGAAAUAAGUAUUUGACCCCCUCUCAAUCAGAAAGAUUUCUGGCUCCCAGGUGUCUUUUAUACAGGUAACGAGCUGAGAUUAGGGAGUGCUCCUAAUCUCAGUUUGUUACCUGUAUAAAAGACACCUGUCCACAGAAGCAAUCAAUCAAUCAGAUUCCAAACUCUCCACCAUGGCCAAGACCAAAGAGCUCUCCAAGGAUGUCAGGGACAAGAUUGUAGACCUACACAAGGCUGGAAUGGGCUACAAGACCAUCGCCAAGCAGCUUGGUGAGAAGGUGACAACAGUUGGUGCGAUUAUUUGCAAAUGGAAGAAACACAAAAGAACUGUCAAUCUCCCUCGGCCUGGGGCUCCAUGCAAGAUCUCACCUUGUGGAGUUGCAAUGAUCAUGAGAACGGUGAGGAAUCAGCCCAGAAUUACACGGGAGGAUCUUGUCAAUGAUCUCAAGGCAGCUGGGACCAUAGUCACCAAGAAAACAAUUGGUAACACACUACGCCGUGAAGGACUGAAAUCCUGCAGCGCCCGCAAGGUCCCCCUGCUCAAGAAAGCACAUAUACAGGCCCGUCUGAAGUUUGCCAAUGAACAUCUGAAUGAUUCAGAGGAGAACUGGGUGAAAGUGUUGUAGUCAGAUGAGACCAAAAUCGAGCUCUUUGGCAUCAACUCAACUCGCCGUGUUUGGAGGAGGAGGAAUGCUGCCUAUGACCCCAAGAACACCAUCCCCACCGUCAAACAUAGAGGUGGAAACAUUAUGCUUUGGGGGUGUUUUUCUGCUAAGGGGACAGGACAACUUCACCGCAUCAAAGGGACGAUGGACGGGGCCAUGUACCGUCAAAUUUUGGGUGAGAACCUCCUUCCCUCAGCCAGGGCAUUGAAAAUGGGUCGUGGAUGGGUAUUCCAGCAUGACAAUGACCCAAAACACACGGCCAAGGCAACAAAGGAGUGGCUCAAGAAGAAGCACAUUAAGGUCCUGGAGUGGCCUAGCCAGUCUCCAGACCUUAAUCCCAUAGAAAAUCUGUGGAGGGAGCUGAAGGUUUGAGUUGCCAAACGUCAGCCUCGAAACCUUAAUGACUUGGAGAAGAUCUGCAAAGAGGAGUGGAACAAAAUCCCUCCUGAGAUGUGUGCAAAACUGGUGGCCAACUACAAGAAACGUCUGACCUCUGUGAUUGCCAACAAGGGUUUUGCCACCAAGUACUAAGUCAUGUUUUGCAGAGGGGUCAAAUACUUAUUUCCCUAAUUAAAAUGCAAAUCAAUUUAUAACAUUUUUGACAUGCGUUUUUCUUGAUUUUUGUUUUGUUAUUCUGUCUCUCACUGUUCAAAUAAACCUACCAUUAAAAUUAUAGACUGAUCAUGUCUUUGUCAGUGGGCAAAUGUACAAAAUCAACAGGGGAUCAAAUACUUUUUUCCCUCACUGUAGAUGACAGACUGAGUGCCAAUGUAAUACUGACGUUCGAUUUACAGAUCUAGAACCAAGGUAAUAACAAAAUGCUAAUUUUACAGAAUACGAUUUAGUUAAUUAGCUCAAUCAUAAAUGUACAGCUGUGGAUUUUGCUGGACAUCUUAUGAUAAUGUCCAAGACAAAUGUCCUUAUGAUUUCAGCCCAGAGUUACCGCAAAGGGAUUGCUUAAUACAGGGGUUCCCAUCUUUCUUUAAAGGUAGACUUUAUAAGAACUACUGUGCCUCAGAUGAGCAUAGCUAAUUUCAGGGAGAAAUAAAUAAAGCAUUGUUUUAGCUAGAUCUCAGCUACAUAUUUUCAUGCUAUUUCAGCCCUGGAAAACAGAGUGACAGACAGUGAGAGCCAGGUGGAUGAACUGAAGAGACAGAAUGCAGGUAAUAAUGAGGUGUGAAUUGUGAUGAAAAAUAUUUGAUUCAUAAAUAAUUCACUAGAAAGAUUUAAAAAGCUAUAUGUCACAUUGUGGUUAAAAAAUAUAUGCUUGUCUCUUCACUCUCUCCCAAUUCGCCAGUGGAUACAAUUACGACUAGAAGUUAUAACAUGAGAAUUAUCGACAACGAAAAUGAAUGGUGCUAUAUAAGUGCCUUCAGAAAGUAUUCAUACCCCUUGACUUAGUCCACAUUUUGUUGUGUUAAAGCCUGAAUUCAAAAUGGAUAAAAUAUUUUUUCCCCUCACCCAUCUACACACAAUACCCCAUAAUGACAUUAGACAUUUUAGCUAAUUUAUUGAAAUUGAAAUACAGAAAUAUGUAAUUUACAUAAGUAUUCACACCCAUGAGUCAAUACUUUGUAGAAGCACCUUUGGCAGUGAUUACAGCUGUGAGUCUUUUUGGGUAAGUCUCUAAGAGCUUUGCACACCUGGAUUGUACAAUAUUUGCACAUUAUAAUUUGUUUAAUUCGUCAAGCUCUGUCAAGUUGAUUGUUGAUCAUAGCUAGACAGCCAUUUUCAAGUCUUGCCAUAGAUUUUCAAACUGAUUUAAGUCAAAACUGUAACUAGACAUUCAAUGUCGUCUUGGUAAGCAACUACAGUGUAGAUUUGUAUCCAGGACAAAAUGUUAAUUUCUUUGCCAUAUUCUUUGCAGUAUUACUUAAGUGCCUUGUUGCAAAAAGGGUGCAGGUUUAGGAAUUCUGCACAGGCUAUUCUGCACAGGCUUCCUUCUUUUCACUCUGUCAUUUAGCUUAGUAUUGUGGAGGAACUACAAUGUUGUUGAUCCAUCUUCAGUUUUCUCAUAUCACAACCAUUAAACUCUGUAACUGUUUUACAAUCAUCAUUGGCCCUGAGGGGUUUCCUUCCUCUCCUGCAACUGAGUUAAGAAGGACGCCUGUAUCUUUGUAGUGACUGGAUGUAUUGAUACACCACCCAAAGCCUAAUUAAUAACUUCACCAUGCUCAAAGGGAUAUUCAGUCUGCUUUUCUUAUUUUUACACAUCUACCAAUCGGUGCCCUUCUCUGCGAGGCAUUGAACAACCUCCCUGGUCUUUGUGGUUGAAUCUGUGCUUGAAAUUCAUUACUCGAUUGAGGGAUAAUUGUAUGUGUGCUGGGGGGGGGGGUUGGGAAGGGGUGGGAAACAUGGGGGUAGGGUGGGUUGUAUGGAGACAUGUUGGCUGGGGGAAUGGGAUGGGAAGUUGGGGAGGCCUAUUUCUUUUUUCUUUUCCUGUUUAUACUGAAUUUACUAUUUAUUGUUAAACUCUGUAUGUAUUUCUUACUGUUUUUGUUGUUGUUGAGUCGCAGCCUACGGGUACAAGUUUUAUAAACGUAUAAUUUGAAAUAAAAAACUACAAAUAUAUAAUUUGGUCACAAAAACAGUAAUGGUUGAUACGUUCAGCAAUGUUUAUUUUCAUGCUAUUUCAGCCCUGGAGGCCAGAGUGACAGCCAGUGAGAGCCAGGUGGACGAAGUGAAGAAAGAGAAUGCAGGUAAAAUAUCAACUUCACCCUCAUGUAUUCUGACAGUAAAUAACACUUGGAACUAAUACAGCAUUCUACAUUUUCCAACUCUAUAAUUUUAGUCUUGGAGGCCAGAGUGGCAGAACUGAAGAAAGGGAAUGCAGGCAUAGUAAGAUAAGCUACGUAUAUUGUGCAAGCGUGUGUUUUUCUGUUAAUUUACUGUUAAUUACUUUCAUACUACUUCAGCCCUGGAGGCCAGAGUGACAGCCAAUGAGAGCCAACUGAAGGAUCUGAAGGGAAAGAAUGCAGCUGCCUACUACAUACUGUAUAUUCUUCACCUGAACAUGAUUCAGCUCAUUUCAGGAUGUGAAAAGCAAAGUCAUGUAACAAAGCUAUAUCAGGGUUUAUUGUUUUUAUCAUUAAACAAUUAUAGCCCUGGAGGCCAGAGUGACAGCCAGUGAGAGCCAGGUGGAAGACAUGAAUAAACAGAAUGCAGGUAAUAACGAGAUGUGUUUUGAAAAUAAUAUUGAGUUCAUUUUCUCAAUAGAAACAGCUCUGAAUAUUGCAUAUCAUCUACUAUAUUUAUAUAAUUUACUUAUAAGAACUACUAUGUAUAGGUCUCACUUUAACAUGAUUCAGCUUAUUUCAGGAUAUGAUAAAGCUACAUCUUGGUUGAACCUUUUUUGAUCAUAAAUGAUGUUCCUGCAUAAAUUAUUUUCUAGCCCUAGAGGCCAGAUUGACAGCCAUUGAGAGCCAGGUGGCAGAGCUGGAGAAAAAUAAUGCAGGUAAUGAUGACAUGUGAAUUGAAAAUAAUUCAGUGAACAAUUAAUUGCCUAGAAAGAUGAACAACUUUGGAUAUUGACUCAUAUGAUCCCAGACCAAGCAGCAGAAUUGUUAUCCUUCGGUAGCUUAGUGACAACCCUUCAGAGCCAGGUGGCAGAACUGAAGAAAGACAAUGCAGGUAAUAACAAGAAGUGUUUUGAAAAACUAUUGAGUUAAUAAUUUACUCAAUAGAAAAAAUCACAGCUCUGGAUAUUGUCUAUUGCCUCUCUACAAUAUUUAUAUAAUUUCAGCCCAAGCAGCAGAACUGUCAGACUUGAAGAACAGAGUGACAACCAGUGAGCGUCAGGUAGCUGAACUGAAGAAAGAAAAUGCAGGUAAGAUAUUUUGUGCAAAAGUGUGUGUUUACUAACAAUGUUUACUUUUAAUUAUUUUUUACUAUUUCAGCCCUGGACACCAGAGUGACGGCCAGCGACAGGCAGGUGGCAGAACUGAAGAAAGAGAAUGCAGGUGACUAAAAUGUUUCACUUAUAAGAACGACUACAUGUAUUCCUCACCUGAACAUAAUAACAUUCAGCUCAUUUCAAGAAAUGAGAAACCAAAGCGAUGUAAGAAAGCUACAUAAUGGUUUAUAAUUUUCAUCAUAAAUAAUUUUCUUGCAUAAAUGAUCUUAUAGCCCUGGAGGCCAGAGUGACAGCCAGUGAGAGCCAGGUGGCAGAGCUGAUGGGAAAGAAUGCAGGUGACUAAAAUGUUUUACUUAUAAGAGCUACUACAUGUAUGCCUGAACAUGAUUCAGCUAAUGUUAGGAUGUGAUAAAGCAAAGUGAUGUAACAAAGCUACAUCACAGUUGAUAGUUUUCUUGCAUGCAUUAUUUUCUAGCCCUGGAGGCUAGAGUGACAGCCAGUGAGAGUCAUGUGGCAGAACUGAAAGGAACGAACACAGGUGACUAUAUGUCUUUACUUAUAAGAACUACUAUGUAUAGGUCUCACUUUAACAUGAUUCAGCUUAUUUCAGGAUAUGAUAAAGCUACAUCAUUGUUGAUCAUUUUCAUCCUAAAUUAUUUUCUUGCAUAAAUUAUCUUCUAGCCCUGGAGGCCAGAGUGACAGCCAGUGAGAGCCAGGUGGAAGAGCAGGUAAUGAUGAUAAGCAAUUUGAAAAAGAUUGACAGACAAUUUGAAAAAGAUUGAGUUAAAUUAGUCACUAGAAAGAUUAACAUUUCUGGAAAUGCACUUGUGUUAGCCUUGAGGAACAGAGUGACAGCCAGUGAGAGCAAGCUGGAGGAACUGAAGAAAGAGAAUGGAUGUAAUAAUGAACUUUGAAAAAGUAAAUCAUUUGUUCAAUAGAAAAAUGAAUUGCUCUGGAUAUUGUCUAUUGCCUCUCUGCAACAUUUCUAUAAUUCCAGCCCAAGCAGCAGAACUGUCAGACUUGGGGACCAGAGUGACAACCAGUGAGAGCCAGGUGGUAGAGCUGAAGAAAGAUAAUGCAGGUAAUAAGUUGUCAAUUGUUAUGAAAAAGAUGAACACCUCUGGAUAUUGACGUGCACGAUUUCAGCCCAAGCAGCAGAACUGUUAGCCUUGGGGAGAACCAGUGAGAGGCAAGUAACAGAGCUGGAGAAAGAGAAUGCAGGUAACUAUCCAGCACUAAUAAGAUCUAGGCCACAAUCACUCUCCUGAACCACUGAUUGAUCUAAUUGAUCUAAUCAGGAUGUAUCUAAGCACAGCAAUGACAACAAAGCUACCUCAGAGUAUCAGUUUAUUAAGAUAUUAUUUUCUUGCUAUUUCAGCCCUGGAGGCAAGAUUGAGUGUCACUGAGAGCCAGGUGGAGGAACUGAGGCUAGGUAAGAACAGAUCAAUUCAAUCAACCCCCAAAGUGUGGUAUGAAAUGAAGACAUUUUAGACAUUACGGUGGGCUUGAUUGAAUUCAUUCUCAUGUGUUCGCAGACAGAAGAAAGGUGGCCUUUUCUGUUGGUUUGACUGACUCAGGAUAUGUGGGACCCUUUCAAACUGAGAUCACUCUGGUCUAUGAAAAAGUAUUCACCAACAUCGACAACGGUUACGACCCAAACUCAGGUACAGCUUACGGCAACAAUACUACGGAUGAAACGUACACAGUAACAAUACUACAGGUUCACUCACACAGCAAUACAUCUACAACCCAGAUAAAUAUAUAAACAUAAACUCACUAUCUCCAGGCUGCUGAGGGGAGGAUGGCUCAUAAUAAUAAAAUAAUAAUACAAAUAAUAUGCUAUUUAGCAGACGCUUUUAUCCAAAGCGACUUACAGUCAUGCGUGCAUACAUUUUUUGUGUAUGGGUGGUCCCGGGGAUCGAACCCACUACCUUGGCGUUACAAGCGCCGUGCUCUACCAGCUGAGCUACAGAAUAAUGUCUGGAAUGGUAUGAAUGGAAUGGUAUCAAACACAUGGAAACCAUGUAUUUGAUGUGUUCGAUACCAUUCCAUUAAUUCCAUUCCAGCCAUUAGUAUGAGCCCGUCCUCCCCAAUUAAGGUGCCACCGGGCGCCUGUGGUGUCCACAGGGACCAGCUACAGGCACAGACCCCAACCACUAACAGGCUGCUCCAGUGUCUAAGAGAGACGGAUAGUGCUGAUCUCUCCCUGCUUCCCCUCUGAUACAGGUAUGUUCUCAGCACCAGUGAAAGGACUCUACAACUUCACAUUCACCUCCAUGGGCCGAGAGCCUGGACAGAAAAUGGGUGUUUACUUGGUCAAAAAUGGAGAGCAAAUGAUAUACAACGUCCAGGACAACUUCCAUGGAGGUUAUGAGUACAUAACAGGUGCCGUGGCUCUGGAGCUAGAGAAAGAUGAUCUGGUAUACUUAAGGGUUCCUAAGGGCUGGGGGCUGUAUGAUGACAACUACAACCACAUUGUCUUUACUGGCAUCCUGCUCUUCACCACCAACCCUCCUAUGGGCUACUCUAAUAGUCCCUCUCCAUCUUCCUACAGUCUUCAAUAAACAUGGAAUGAGUAAAGUGACUUUGUCCUGUCAUCAUUAAAGCACAUUCAUCAGUCAUCAUCAUAAACACAAACCAGACGGUAGAUGACAUCCUGUUACCCUAUUUUAUUAUGAGAAGAAACGAGCUGCACCAAUGCUAGAUUGGGUCAGUACACUUUGAUCUAACUGAGCUGUAAUUUCACAAAAGCAUUUAUGCCAUUGUUUCUAAAGCAAUGGAAGACCAAUACAGG